CAUUGAAUAGACGAAUUGUUACACUACGUAAAAUAUUCUUGUCGAUUUGCACGAACACGAGUGCGUAACAAAAGAAAAGUCGCUAUAGUGUCUCGCCGAAAAACAACGCGUAAUACACCCAUACAUGCAUUUACAGCGUACACACUAACACGAACUGAUGUACGCCGCACGCAGACAUCGUCAACUACAUAUAAAUGUGUAGGUGCAGUGCAGGCUAGCAAGCGCAUACGAACCGGCGGCAGUCCUAUCAUUGUGUACACAGUUAACGAUAUGUGUGUGCCAAGCACAAGCGGAGACUGUCGGUGGAGCGGGCUCUUCUCGCGUACACGUUCAAUCGGGGUUUUUAGUUCUGCACAAGACGUCGAGUAGGCGCAAUCGCACACGUUCGGAACAGCGUAAACGACGACUGACUUCCGAGUUCCGACCUCAAAAAGGCUCUCCUUUUGGCUCGCAGUCAUACAGAUAAUUUGUGCUCGUCGACUAGUGCAUCGCUGAGCUUUUUAUAAAUUCGUGAGUGGAUGUUCGGGUUAUAGUGCACAAGUGCGCGUCAAUAAUUCUUUCGACAAAAGUGCGAAAUAAGCCAAGUAGUGCUCCGAACGUUACGCAUCCAUUACAACCAAAAUAAACGAACGUUUUGUCGUGUCCGUGUGACAGCUGUCAAACUGCAGCGUUAUUUCGAUCAUUUACAAUUUUGCCGUAAAGCAGAGAAUAAAUAUCAAAAUGAAUAAGAACGGACCACCACCCCCCUAUGAAAUGCCACCACCAAGUUAUGCUCAAUGCGUUGGUGGUGUUGCCCCUGCAAGUCCAUUUACACCGGCAGAAACAUAUGCUCCUGGACCUACAAUUGUCACAACAAUUGUUCCACUAGGCUCUGGUUCCACGCACACAAUUUGUCCGCAUUGUUAUACUGAAAUUGACACUCAGACAAAAACUGAGCCAGGAAUGAUAGCAUAUGUCACUGGAUUUUUAAUAGCUAUAUUAGGAUGUUGGGCUGGCUGCUGCUUAAUCCCCUGCUGCAUCGACGAGUGUAUGGACAUUCAUCACACGUGUCCCAAUUGUAAGGCAUACCUCGGUCGCCAUCGAAGAUAAAGAACGCGAGAUGCAUAAAAUUUCGCUGGAGCAGCGAAAUGUUGAUACAUGCCUUUGUUGAUGUUUUUUUUACCUAGUUUUGGAGAAUGUGAUGUAUGUGGCCGCGAUUGUGUUGUAUAAAAUAUGGCACUCCUGCACGUUUUCUUCUAUUUCGGUACGCUAAGAUAACAUUCCUACUAUUGUUAAUGAAAGGUCAAGUCAUUCAAUGCUUCUACUGUUCAAACAAAUGCAGGGAAAUAGUUCAAAUGGGCUCUUGGAAUCAUUAUUGUAAAAUUUUUUAAACAUUAUUUUGAGUUCGUUAGUAACGAUUGAGUUUGAUACGGUUUUGCGUGGAUGUCUAUCCCUAAUGCAUGUUCAAUGCAAUGCUUGAUGCAUAUCAAGGCACUAGGCUGAUUGUAGAUAAGACUCCAUAUAAAUAUCUGUCAACAAUUGAUUUCCUAUCUUUGAUUUACCAUUGAUCUCAUUGUACCAAGAAAGGAAAAUAUAAAUAGAAAAUGGCUUGUUAAUCGAAUAACCAGUAUAAAUUAAUGAAAAUAUAAGAACCCCCGUACAAAGAUCCUUGCUAGUAGGCGUUUUACAUGGUAAUAAUUCGUAAUUUCAUUUAGUAGCCUUUGAAAUUUUCGCUGCAGCUGAUCUUAAAAUGCAUAACAUCAAACUUUGCAACGUCGAUAGUAAAAUUUACUUAUUCCAUUUGAACAUUUGAAAAAUGAUUCCUCUCGACUCCUCUUUUAAAUGCGAAAAUACGACGAAGCUACCGUAAUGACGGUGCUUAAGCUUCUAGCUCGUGGUGGUAAAUGUGUUUAAACAUCAAUUGUCUAUAAAAGCAUGAAUGAUAAUUAAAGAAAUUGUUGUCUAAGGUUUUGGUCCGAAGUAUAUUUAGUUUUCCAUUUUAUUUGGAAAUUUUCGAUGGUUUUACUUGAAAUUGUUUAUUGUGUUGUUUAAUGAAGUGUUCUUUUAUUGGAAUAGUUUUUAUGACCUUGAAGUACAACCAUGUCACUUUUAAUACUUUACUUCAAAUUUCUAGUACCUGUUCAAAGCUAUAAACAUAAAAUAAAAAAUGACACGAGAAAAAAAUUGGAUUUUCGAUUUAUUGAUUUAUUAAUACUAAUCUUGAUAAAUUAAUAAAUCAAUUUCACUUCAGAAAAAAAUUAAAAUUAUUGUAUAUUAAGGUGUUGCGUAGAGUUACCCGAUCAUAGAAUAAUUUUAAAAAACAAGAGAGGAAUGAAAAGGACGAUUCAAUGUAUUCACUCCGAGCGAUAAAUUGGGGUUGAAAAAUAACCCGAAGAAAUCUACAUUAACGUAUAGUUUCAUAAAAAAGAUCAAGAAAAUCGCUAGUUUUGUCAAAAACUGAGUAAUGGAAUUGAAAUUUAUCUAAUGAGAAAUGACAAGAAAAAAAAUGACAAUGCGGUAUUCCUUGGAGCUAGUAAUCUCCAACAUUUUUUCUUGUCUUUUUCAUACUAUCAAGUCAUUCGGAGUUAUUGACACUUAUAUAAUAAGAACACUUUGAAAAAGUCAUGCAAAUAAUUAUUUAGAAAAAUCACAUAAUUAUAUAAUAAAUUCAAGUAAUAAUCCAAGACGCACAAAUUUUAUUUGUUAAUCAUAUUUGCUAUUUAUUUGUGAAUUGAUACAAUUGCUAUAUUACUUCUACGUGCAUUUUAUGUAUAUGUUCUAUGUAAUUGUAUUUUUAAUUUGUUAUUUUCUAAUAAUAUAUAAUAGUUGUUUAUUAUAAUGCCAAAGAUACUGUUUUUGCACAAUUUUUUCUGAGACAUAUAUUGAGGAAAACUUGAGCGUUACGAUUGCAUAUUAUUUAACGAAAGUUAUUUAAAAAUUACAGCUGUAUAAAAAUUAAUUUCAAGACACUUUAAACUUAAUUUUCAAUCAUAUCAACUUUUACGAAGCAUAAAAUGAUAAAAAUGAAUAGAAACAUAUACUAAAGGAUAUCCUGUUUAGUUGAAUGGCGCUAAUCAGAUGCUUUUGACGGUAAAAGCAAGUUUGGAAUGUAUUAAGAUGCCUUAAUUGAAUUAGAAAAUUAAAUAUUUUUAGGUAUUCUAAAAUUGUAUCUUACUUUGAAUUAAUCUAUUUCAAGUGCCUUAAUUCAAAUAUUGUUUAUGAAUAAAAAAACAAAAAAACAAUCAUUUUCCUACAUCAUAGACAAUUUUGACAGUUUUCGAUGAAAUUAAUUAAAUAAUAGUACCGCACAGUGCACGCUUAUUGGCACUUGGAGUGCAAACUUAAAAAGUGUCACCUUUUUUAAAUAUUUGUCACGCACAGACAUUUUACAUGGAAUUGUUAGCUUUAUGUCUUUAUGCCAAUGACAUAUGAUAAAUUUUGUAAGCUACUUUUUAAUAUUAUAAUUAUUAUUCAAAGUUGAAUUACGCAAUCAAUGGUUCAAUCACGCUAUAAAAAUGUUUAAUCGUAAAAAUAAUCUCCUCAUGUACUUCAGAAUUUAUGUUACAUCGAUUGUAAUUUUAUAUGAAUUGUUAAUAAAUAAUCAAAUACGAACGAAGAAAA